AUGCAAGCGCCCUACACUACUGCAGACCCUACGUCUUUGGCCUAUUAUCAGAUGGACCCGCAGCUGCCGCCAGCCCUUGGGGACAAUCCUGAGGGUGAAGGCGCAAGGUCCUGGCCUUUUGGCAAUCAACCCCUCCCCGGUCCACACCAUAAUUUGACACAGACACUCGGCCUUGAGUUCCAGGCCCCAUCAGGCUGCAAUGCAAGCAGGCUUGGUUUCUCGGGGGCCUUUCUUCAGAACCCUAAUGGAGUGGUCGAUGCCCCAGCAGCUGUCUCUGUCGCACAAAACACAUUUCAUGAAGAGGACAUUCGUUUGGGACAAUCAGCAUACGAUGGAGGAAACAGUCUUCUUAUGAACGACUACCCCGUCUACUACGGAAAUAAUGCGGUUAUAUCUGACAUCAAUUGGGACUCUGUCUUUGGACACUAUGGCAGUGGCAUCAACGAUGGCUUCGAUGUUUUCGACCACUCGACACCUGGGAUUGUAUCUCCGACUGUUGCUGGACCAGCUUUAGCUCCUUCUUUCGAGGCUUUUGUCGCCUUAAGUGGCACCCUCUUCAGGACUAGGCAUGAAUCAAAAUCUGUACAGACAGCUGACCGACUGAAAUGUAAGUGGGCAGGCUGUGCUUACACUGCCACGUUCGGCCGGAAACAUGAAUUGAAACGCCAUCUAAGGAAUCAGCAUAUCAACCCGGGAUUCUUCCCCUGUCUGGCCGAAGGCUGUGGCAAGGUCUGCAAAAGAGAAGACAACCUGACAGAACACAUGAAAAGGCUUCAUGGUGACAGAAAUGUCUCCAACAAUCUCCAAAAAUGGCACUUCAGUGAAAACACCGACAAAGUCUACAGAGAUCAACCGAAAUCUUCUUGUGGUGCCCUCCAGUGCCAUAAUAAAAUGCCCGAACUGUCCAAAAAGCUUCACGAAACGAAUGGAUUACAACGUCAUGAAGGGUCCAGUGAUUCUCCUGAUGUCCAAGAAAUGAUCCGUCAAUUGUACAUGCAAUCAACGAAGGCGGUCGAUGAAGAGCCGUUGGUAAAACGAAAGGAGUCUGUCCAGCUAGCAAUCAUGGAUGCAGCUGUGUCUGAGGAUGUCUUGAAAUUGCAAGAGUUACUCGACGUCGAGGACGAACUGGGCUUUUUUCUCAUCGAGUUCAGAAAACCCUUUAUUGAGUGUGGAUCUCCACAAGCCGUUGGAGAAGUCGUCGCUGAAGUCGGCAAACAGGCAAUAUGUGACGCAGCUAAACAGGGAUGGGAUGACAUUAUACUCUUGCUCCUCAAGCAUGGCGUAAGAGUCGACAAUCUUUCUAGGGUUGCACACCACUUCAUCACGCUGUAUUUGGGAUUCUUCAAUAGUUAUAGAACACCUUUGGGAAUAGCUGUCGAAGCGGAAAGUGAAGAGAUAGUGCGCAUUCUCUUGGAGCAUGGUGCAGAUCCUCAUUUGAAAUCCCCUUGGCUCUCCUCAGCCCUGGAGAUUGCCAAAAGGAAAGGUCUCGAAAGAAUGGCACGCCUGUUGAGAGAGCAUGAAAGCCAUGGUUCUCAGAAAAAUGUAGAUACAUGCUUAUGCACUGUACCUAUGUCUAGUUACCUAGGUAGCGCCUACAGAGUAUAUCUCGUUCGUCCAUCGCAGGCCACCAGCAAUUGGUCCGAUGACGAGUUUAAGGCGAGAACAGAUCUGGAAAUCCAUAUCCAGAAUCAAUGCAUACCUAAUUGGCUCUGCGCCAGCCUCGUUUUCUCAGACAAGCGUCCUGUAUCCAUGCUGAUUUCCUACCCGCCAUCAUCCUCCAUGGACCGUCAGCCAGCCUCUGAAAUUGAAUCCAGCAGUGCCACCACAUCCGACUCGACCAAGGCUAAAUACCGGCCGCAGCAGUCCUGCAUCAAAUGUAGGGAGCGAAAAGUCAAAAAAACCAUCUUCGAUACUUUGACUGUGACGUCUUUUACAGAGGUUCCCAGUGGUGUGGUCUCCCAUAGUAAUGAUGAGAAGUUGUUAUCGCCCUGGACUAGUGGCCCUGUGGGCACUAAUUCUAAUUCACAUCCAAACACGACGGUCUCUGAUAAUGACAUUUCUACCGCACAAUGGCACAGGGGCAAUGUUGCGAUUGGGACCAGUUAUCACGGGUCAACAACCAUCCCUGCAGUCUUCUCCCCAGAGACCAUGAUUCCAGACACAACAGGAUAUGCCAGCAGCAAUAACCAUCCUCCUUCUCCUCCCGUUGGAAACCAGAAUGACUCUUCCGGCUGGGAGAUCUCAACGAGUAAUCAACGUCAUCAACAGCAGCCAACGAAUUGUUGGAAGGGAAAACGCGAGUUAUUAGAGCGACUUUUCAACGCCAUUUGCGACUGUGACGACGCGCUGGUUGCCUCCGUCGUCGAGAUCAUUCGCACCAGCGCUUCACCGGAAGACGCCAUUGCUUCGAUCGAUCAGACGAUGAACGCCUCUGUUGAAGCAAAACCGACGUGA